AUUUUUCAACACUGUUCGAUACACGAUAUAAGUAUAUCUAUUUAGGGGGACAUACCGAUAUUUCGACGUCCCUGGAUUUAAUAUCAAGAAGAAGACGUUGAGGGAAUUAAAUAGUUUGCAACGCAGUCCCGCUCCACCUCCGAGAGAAGAGUCGAAGAGAUGAGUGAACUCAACACUACCAGCAGCAACGCCGAGGGCGAUGAGAAUAAUCCCCACGAGCAAUCGACAAUAACAAUGGUGGAUGUCCUCGAGCAGGAAAAGGAGCUGGAAGAUGAGUAUGCCGCUGUGCUGGGGGCCUCCGACGAGAAAUCCUGUACGUACGCCAAGGGCCCCAUUGGACGGCAGGCACUCUACUCAUGCCUGACUUGCUGCCCGGAAUCUCGCGGUGAUCUGAGCAAGGCAGCCGGAGUUUGCUUGGCCUGCUCGUACCGGUGCCAUGAGAACCACGAACUGGUGGAGCUCUACACCAAGCGCAAUUUCCGCUGCGAUUGCCCCACUAAGCGUCUGGGCAAAUGCUCUCUAAACCCCCAGCUGGAGGGCGCCCAGUCGCCGAAUUUGGAGAAUCUCUAUAACCAGAAUUUUCAGGGACUAUACUGCAAGUGUAAGCGUCCGUAUCCUGAUCCCGAGCGCACUACCGAGGAAGUGAUGCUGCAGUGUGCCGUCUGUGAAGAUUGGUUCCACCUGCCACACAUGCAGGCCCCGGGCUCCAGCGAGAAAUGGUUGGACUCGUGCAGUGAAAUGAUCUGUGACGGCUGCAUGGAUUCCAAGCCGUUCCUUAAGGAUUAUACUGGCUUGGCCCUGAAGCCAGUGGGGGUUGAGACUGAGAAAGACGCCAAGGAAGAGGACAAGGAUGAGAAAAAAUCCAAGCCGGAGGCUGAUGACAACCAGCUUAAGGAUGAGUUGGAUCGCAGCAUUUGCGACAUAAUGAAAGUAGCCGACGGAGAGGAAGAAUCUCAAGCAGAAGAGCCCAGCAAGAAGCGUGCCAAAUUGGAUGACUGCCGUCGACCCAAGCCGCUCAAGCAGCACGAGGGUGCUGCUUUUUGGACUAAUGACUGGCGCAAGUCACUCUGCCAGUGUUCCGAUUGCCUAACACUAUACAAGGAGCUUGCUGUUGAGUUUCUUCUGGACGCCGAGGACUCAGCCAAGACCUACGAGGAGCGCGGCAUGAAGCGAGCCGAGGAGAACUCCAGCUAUGAGCAGGGCAUCCGCGCCCUGGCCUCCAUCGACAGGACACAGCAAAUCGACGCAAUCACAGAGUACAACCGCAUGAAGGACAAGCUAAAGGAGUACUUGCAGGAUUUUGCUGCCAGUAAGAAGGUUGUGACCGAGGAGGACAUCAAUCGUUUCUUUGCUGGGAUGCGCAACGAGAAUAAUGCCAACUUGGGUCAGCCCUACUUCUGUCGCUAGAGAGAGAGGCCCUUUAUUAUAUUUCCUAGUAUUACCCACAUUCCCCAUAAAAUCAAGACCUCAUACAUGCUACACAUACAUACUACACAUUGAAAAA